CGGGGGGCGCGUCGUUGGCGGCCGUGAGGCCCUGCAUCCGGCCGGCCGGGGGACCCUCGCCCCUUCCGCGCAGCUGUCCGCCGGGCACCGCCGGGCAAACUUUCUCCCUGGCCCAGGACCGCCGGGGUCGAGGCCCUUCUUGGAGCCGAGCGGGUCUGCGGGGAGAGACGGCGCGUAGGGACGCGCGCACUGCCACCGCCGAGGGGGCCGCGGCCGCGCCGAGGAAAGAUCUCAUGCUUCCGGGAAUGGCCUGAUAUGAAGGAGUCAUACUUCCAGGUUUCCGAAGCUGCCCUGUGGGUGCCUUGUCCUUCAAGUGCAGGAGCCGGCUGGAACUAUCAGGAAUGGAAGCCAAUGUGACUAUCCCAAUCUGGCAAAACAAGCCACAUGGGGCUGCUCGAAGUGUGGUCAGAAGAAUUGGGACCAAUCUACCCCUGAAACCUUGUCCCCGAGCAUCCUUUGAGACUCUACCUAACAUUUCUGACCUGUGUUUGAGAGAUGUGCCUCCAGUCCCUACUCUGGCCGACAUUGCCUGGAUUGCUGCAGAUGAAGAGGAAACAUAUGCCCGGGUCAGGAGUGAUACGCGCCCGCUGAGACACACCUGGAAGCCCAGCCCUCUGAUUGUCAUGCAACGUAAUGCCUCAGUGCCCAAUCUUCGUGGGUCUGAGGAGAGGCUCCUGGCCCUCAAGAAGCCAGCCCUGCCUGCCCUAAGCCGCACCACUGAGCUGCAGGAUGAACUAAGCCACUUGCGCAGCCAGAUUGCUAAAAUAGUGGCGGCAGAUGCAGCUUCGUCUUCAUUAACGCCAGAUUUCUUAUCUCCAGGAAGUUCAAAUGUCUCUUCUCCUUUACCUUGCUUUGGAUCCUCAUUCCACUCUACAACUUCCUUUGUCAUUAGUGACAUCACUGAGGAGACUGAGGUAGAGGUCCCUGAGCUUCCAACAGUACCCCUGCUUUGUUCUGCCAGCCCUGAAUGUUGCAAACCAGAACACAAAGCUACCUGCAGCUCGUCUGAAGAGGAUGACUGCAUCUCUCUGUCCAAGGCCAGCAGCUUUGCAGACAUGAUGGGCAUCUUGAAGGAUUUUCACCGGAUAAAACAGAGCCAAGACCUGAGCCGGAGCUUACUGAAGGAAGAAGACCCUGCUGUGCUUAUCUCUGAAGUCCUUAGGAGGAAGUUUGCUCUGAAGGAAGAAGACAUCAGUAGGAAAGGAAACUGACAGCACUGACUGCAGAUUCAGUCUCAUGCUCCUGAACUUCAAUAGCUGCCUUCCUUGCUGCAGAUGUCUCUGCCUCAGAAGUCUGCAACAGUCUUGCCAACAAGCUAGGGCUUGGGCUGGAAGAGAAGAGCUGGAUUAUGUGUUACUUGCACUUAAACCUGACAGAAGCUAAAGUCUGUGGUGUGAGAUGAGGCAUUUGUUACAGGUAAUCUGGUAGGAUGGAGUGUCUGUUUAAGAGGUGAAGUUUGUUGUUUUUCUUAGUCUGUGUGCAAAUAGGCCCUAACUGAAUGCCUCAGUUCACUGCAUUAGACUCCAUAAUUGGUCUCUCUGGACGCUUUGUGCACAGCUGUCACUCUCAGCCGCCUCCCUGCAGCACCACGAGGCUAAUGGGGAGUGGCUCUUCAUGUUCAUAUUCACAGGGACGAUCUUAUGCUGCUCCAUCAUAAACCCACACCAGUGCCCAGCAAUCACCUUUUUCUUCUAGCUAUAGCGGUCAGGCCACUGGGCCAGCCAAGACGUGGCUGCAGCAGGGAGGCCUGGGCUAUUUUUUUCUUAAACAUAUUUUAUAAAACUACAACCAGAUCUACCCUCCCGGGCCUCAUUAGUUCCACUGAUUGACAUUUUUUUUCUUCCAUGGACUUAAGUCUAGGAAGGAGAAACAGGGAGAGAAAAGAGCAUACCAUCCUUCUUCUAGGACAAUAACUGAUUUCUCUGGGUUGGGCCAAGAUUUUAUUUACUGCAUCAUGCAUGACUCAGGUGCCCUCAGGGCCCUUUUCUCUAUGGUAUGAAUACUGCGUGUCUUGAGUUGAAGUACUACCUGACAUUAAAUGAAGGAUUUGGAAAAAUG